AUGGUGGAGACUAAGGGGAACGGCGGGGCGGCCGGAGAGAACUGGAGCUUGAAGAACGUGGGCGCGUGGAGAGGUGGCGAGUGGCUAGGGCUGCUUCGGAAGCGGCGAAGGUCAGCUCCCAACGUCUCACGCUCUAGCUCCGACACCGGCAGCGGCGGCAGCGGCGGCGCCUCCAGGGGCAGGCGGGUCUUGGCGUGGUCGAGGAGGCUGGGGCUCGCCUUUUGCCUGGCGUGGUUGUUGUGCCUCGCCGUGCGGGAGUUCUACAUCCGGACCUACUGCCUACAGGUCCGCGCCAUGGAGGCCACCCAGCCUCCAAGAGGAGAGUGUCCCAUCGUCAAGCUCACAAGGGAGUCUCGAGGAGGCUGGGGGGCACCGCCAGUUGUAGCAGGGGGUGAGGUCGGGGGGGGCGCCGGCGAUAUGGAGGAGGGGUUACAUGACAAGGGUAGUGGAGGCGCCGCGGUUGCCCCAGCGGGAGGAGGCAGGGAGGGGGGCGGGCUACGGUUCGGAAUCAUUCUGAUGUGCGACGAAGGCAUGUGGCCUCAACAGUAUUCCGAGAAGUCUAUUGCGAACAAGAAGGCGUACGCGGCUCUCCACGGGUACGACGUGAUCGUUGCCACGAGCGCGGACAUCGACCGGAGUCGCCCGGCGGCGUGGAGCAAGCUCCUGGUGCUGAGCAAGCACCUCGGGAGCUACGACUACGUCAUCUUCGUCGACAUCGACGCGUUCGUGAUGAACCCGGCUUUCAAGCUGGAAUGGCUCCUCGACGUGGCCAGGAAGCAGCAGCAGACGGGGGGGAUAGACGGAUGGGGGGCGGGAAAGGAAUCGGACCUGAUCGUCACGCAAGACUGGAACGGGCCCAACUCCGGCGUGAUUCUGAUAAAGAACUCUGACUUCUCGCGGUGGCUCCUGCAGGAGUGGUGGGAUCAGAAGCAGUUCGUCAACGGGCCGUAUCCCUUCCACUACGAGCAGCGCGCGAUGCACUACCUCCUCCAGACGGACUGCUGGAAGGAAGAGGGCCUGCCGUUCUACGCGGACUACGCGGUGGUGAGGGCGCACACGGCCGUGCUGGACCAGUGCGCGAUGAACAGCUACCUGGUGCACCCCUGGCAGGUGCUGCUGGGUCGGACCAGCGUCGGCAGCGCGGCGAGGUACGAGUCGGGCGACUUCAUGCUCCACUUUGCCGGCAAGAAAGGCAGGGUCAGGCUCGAGCUCGUCGACUACUACUACCCCAGGGCCAAAAAGGCCAUGGAAGAGUACGCGGCAAGCCUGCAGCAGGACUCAGGGCAAGCAAAUCGGAGUGCCCCGAACGUCUCCGUCGGUGUCCACGGCGCCCCCGGGGGCGACAUGCAACCACCGCCUUCCCGGAUGCAGGGGGGGGGCGGCAGAGGGGGAAGCCUUCGGGGUUCGGGUUGA